CGCUGAAGUUCCGGGGGACGCAGAGUCGGAGUGGGAAGGGCAGGCCCCUCCCGCCCGCAGCACCCGGGACCCGGGCGCACGACGGCCAGGUCCGUCCUCCUAAGGGCGAACGGUGGAGGUGGGAGGGGGCCACGUCACGGUCCCCAGGCCCGGCCCCGCCCCGCCCCGCCCGCCCCCGCCGGAGCGCUGGCUCGCGGAGCUAAGUCGCCCGGCCCCGGCCCGCCGAACCAGAAGCAGGUGCAAACGCAGCGGCGGCGCGAGAGAGCGGAGCCGCGCCGUUAGCCUCCGCCGCCGUCCCCGCGUCCGUCCGUCCGUGCGUCCGGCCUCCGGCCCGCGCGCCGCCGCCGCCGCCGCCGCCGCCGCCGCUCCCCGCCAGGCCCAGAGGCCCCUCGCCUCCCUGCACCCGGCGCCGGCGGAACCGGCCUCCGAGCAGCAACCAUGUCUAUGGGCCUGGAGAUCACCGGCACGUCGCUGGCCGUGCUGGGCUGGCUGGGCUCCAUCGUGUGCUGCGCGCUGCCCAUGUGGCGCGUGUCCGCCUUCAUCGGCAGCAGCAUCAUCACGGCUCAGAUCAUCUGGGAGGGGCUGUGGAUGAACUGUGUGGUGCAGAGCACGGGGCAGAUGCAGUGCAAGGUGUACGACUCGCUGCUGGCGCUGCCGCAGGACCUGCAGGCGGCCCGCGCCCUCAUCGUCGUGGCCAUCCUGCUGGCCGCCUUCGGGCUCUUCGUGGCGCUCGUGGGUGCCCAGUGCACCAACUGCGUGCAGGACGAAACAGCCAAGGCCAAGAUCACCAUCGUGGCGGGCGUGCUCUUCCUGCUGGCCGCGCUGCUCACCCUCGUGCCAGUGUCCUGGUCGGCCAACACCAUCAUCCAGGACUUCUACAACCCGCUGGUGCCCGAGGCGCAGAAGCGCGAGAUGGGCGCCGGCCUGUACGUGGGCUGGGCCGCCUCGGCGCUGCAGCUGCUGGGGGGCGCGCUGCUCUGCUGCUCCUGCCCGCCGCGCGACAAGUACGCGACCACCAAGAUCGCCUACUCGGCGCCGCGCUCCGCCGGGCCCGGCACGACCGCGGGCACCGCCUACGACCGCAAGGACUACGUCUGAGCGCUAGGCGAGGCAAGACCCCCGCCCCGCCGCCGCCGCCGCCAGCUGGAGCGCCCGCGGGACCCACGGACGGCCUCGCGCCCGAGACCAGGCUGGCCCCGCGCCCCCUUCGCCAGCCCUUCGCCGCUCUGCGGGCCGGGGCGCACCGGACUGCGGGAUCCAGGGACCAACCCGCAGGAACAAUGCGCCGCUUCGCUCGCGCAGAGGGGCUCAGGCGGCCGCCGCCCCUCGCCCGCCUAGUCGGGCCCCUCCCCGGCCCCAAAUGCCGGGUUGGGCAGGGCCCGGCAGCCAGGAUAUUUUUCAAUAAAAGCCUUUUCGUUUUGCA